CCGAGAAGCAGCAUGAGCGCGCUCCGAGUGGCCGUCGUCGGAUGCAGCCAUGGGCAGCUUGAUGCGAUGUACGCGACGAUUGAGCACAUGAACACGAUGGACCCGGAGCGGCCGAUCCAGCUGCUCCUGUGCUGCGGCGACUUUCAGAGCUUCCGCAACGAGACCGACAUGCACUGCAUGGCGUGCCCCGACAAGUACAAGGAGCUUGGCGUCUUCCACGAGUACUACACUGGUGCCAAGGUCGCGCCCGUGCUCACGAUCUUCAUUGGCGGCAACCACGAAGCCUCCAACUACCUCCAGGACCUCUACUACGGCGGGUACGUGGCGCCCAACAUCUUUUACCUCGGGUCGGCCGGUGUCGUCAACGUCAACGGCGUGCGCAUUGCCGGCCUCUCGGGCAUCUACAAGCCGCACGACUUUACGUUCGGCCACCAUGAAGCGUUCCCGUACGACCAGAGCACGAUGCGUAGCAUCUACCACGUGCGCGAGUUUCAAGUGUACCAGCUCGGCCAUCUCAAGAAGAGCGCGUCGCCGAUCGACAUUAUGCUCUCGCACGACUGGCCGCGCGGUAUCGAGCGCUACGGCCGUACCGACGUCCUCCUCCGCAAGAAGUCCUUUCUCCGCGACGAAAUUGCACGCGGCGAGUUUGGGUCGCCGCCCAACGAAUUCCUCCUGCACUCGCUGCGCCCCAAGCACUGGUUCUCGGGCCACAUGCACGUCAAGUUUGCCGCGAUCGUACGCCAUACCGACGAGGCCAUGACCAAGUUCUUGGCCCUCGACAAGUGCUUGCCGCACCGCGACUUUAUGCAGGUGACCGACAUUGCACCAAGUACGCCGUUCACUGCUACGGACGGCGGCGCGGUGACGCUCUCGAUGGACAAGGACUGGCUCGCGGUGCUUCGCGCGACCCACCACAUUGCCUCGAGCGUGCGCCUUCGCCCGCGCGUGCCCGAAGACGACAUGGCGAUUGAGGACACCGACAUUGCAUGGGUGGAAGCCCGCUUGACCGAGCUCGCGGCGACGUCGCAUGACCGUGCGACGAACCCACUGGCGUGGAUCCGGCCGUUCGAGUUGACGGCGCCGCCGGCGUACAGCGCGCCGAGCCACGUGCCGGUGGUCGGCAACCCACAGACGGACGCACUCCUGGCGCUGCUCAAGCUCCCGCAUGUGGUGACGGUGCCGUAUGUGCCCGUGGGCGCAAACCCGAAUGCGAUCGACCUCGAUGCGGAGGCGGCGCCCGUCGCCGUCGUGGAAGAUCCCAAUGCACUCGACAUUGACGAUCUUUAAUACACACAGGCUGGUCGUGUACCUCCUACUACAGCGUACUAGUACUAUGUUGAACUGAGUUCUGAUAAAAUUAU